AGACUUCUGGGGAGCGCCUUCUAGGUGGACAGAUGGGGUGAAAAGGUGAAGGAGGGGUCAGGCAACAUUUCCAGUUCUAAACCGCCAACUGGCAGCCAGGGUUUCAAUCUGAAAGCGUCGAAAAGAAAAUAACUUCAGCGGAAUGAAAUUGGUUACAGAAAACUGGCAGCUGGGCCUGCCCCUGGCUGCCACCACUUCCAGGCUCAGCUGGGGACGCUGCCAAGGAGUUAAACAUAGCCCGAGUAAAACCAAGGGACACUGAAGUAGCGUUCGUGAGACUCACUGUGCGCACACCAAGGAGACCGCGUGUCCACAGGGAGCACACAGACCGAAACUCAGAGUGAAGCUCAGGGGUGGGUUUGUUUGUUUUGUUUUGUUUUGUUACGAAGCAGCUGAUAAAGUGAGAAAGCGGCGAGUCUUCACUCUUUACGGCACUUGGUUGUAAUGCUACAGUUUCCUUCAGCGAUUAAAAACUUGGCCAGCGGUUACCUCUUAGCAACCUUGGGAAACAGUUCAAGUUUGGCUCAUGAGUUUUCAGAGGCCUAAGCAAGAAAUGACCAAGGUCAAGUUAACCUUGCAAAAGAAACUAAAGGAAGCUUUGCGUGGUUGACCAGACUGGAUGACCAGACUGGUUUUGUCUGCUCGUGAAGUUUUCAAGGCUGAUUUUCUUUUUCUUUUUUUGACCAUGACCACGUUCCAAAGCCCUACACGAUGUUGUCUCCUUUGCUUGGUGCCCGAGGGUGUGCCCAGCCACAGCCACUUGCCUUCCCCGAUGUCGGGCUGGCGGGGCCUCCUCGCCUCCAGGGCGUCCUUGCCUCCAAUCACUUGUCCCCAGAAGCACAGACAGCAGUCCUCAUGGGCAAACUUCCAGAGCCAACGACAGGGGUCAGAGCUGGUGGGACUAGGGACACCAGCACGUCCAGCCCUCUGUAACUGCUCUACAGACAGGGAAACGGAGCCCCAGGGAGUCGAGUCCGCGUACAAACAGCACUGGGACACGUCUUCGAUAAGAGUAGGUCCCCGGGGGUGGGGGGGUCUUUCUGCAUAGAAACAAGCGUUCACUCAACGGAUUCACUGAGUGUGGACAGCUCCAGGAGUACUGGCUGGACUACUCUGCGAGGGAUCCCCAGAUGAGUGUUCCUGCCUUCUCCCUACGAGGACAUCUGUGAUUACAUUGGAUAAUCUAGGAUACCCUCUCCGUCUCGAGGCCGUUAACCUGAUCACGUCUGUGAAGGCGCUGCUGACAGACAAGAGCUCCAGGACUGGGCGGAUCCUCCCAGCAUGGCCACCACCGCCUCCUCCCAGCCGCUGCUCACCACCCAGGUCGCCAGUUCUGAGAACAGCAGCUCCUUCUUUGACUACGAGGACUACCUGGACCUGGAGGACUUCCUGCUCUGCAGGAAAGACGAGGUGCUGUCCUUCAGCAGGGUCUUCCUGCCGGUCUUCUACAGCCUGGUCUUUGCGCUGGGCCUGGGCGGGAACCUCCUCCUUCUAGUGGUCUUGCUCCGGUACGUGCCUCGCAGGCGGAUGACAGAGGUCUACCUGUUGAACCUGGCUAUCUCCAACCUCCUGUUCGUGGUGAGCCUGCCCUUCUGGGUCAUCUCCGUGGCCUGGCAUUGGGUCUUCGGGAGCUUUUUGUGCAAGGCGGUGAGCAUCCUCUAUACCAUCAACCUCUACAGUGGCAUCUUCUUCAUUAGCUGCAUGAGCCUGGACAAGUACCUAGAGAUCGUCCACGCUCAGGCCCACCACAGGCUGAGGACCCGGGUCAAGCGCUGGGUCCUUGUUGCCGUGGUCUGGGCUGUGGCCCUGGCUGUCUCCAUCCCUGACAUGGUCUUCGUGCAGGUGCAUGAAAACCCCAAGGGUGUGUGGCACUGCUAUCCGGAUUUCGGGGGGCACGGGACCUUCUGGAAGCUCUUCCUGCGCUUCCAGCAGAACAUUCUGGGGUUUCUCCUCCCACUCCUUGCCAUGAUCUUCUUCUAUUCCCGCAUCGCCUUGGUCCUGGUCAGGCUGAAGCCCCCAGGCCGGGUCCGGGCUCUGAAGAUGGCCUUCGCCCUGGUGGUGGCCUUCUUCGUGCUGUGGUUCCCGUACAACCUCGUCCUGUUUCUGCACUCGCUGAUGGACCUGAAAGUCUUAUGGGACUGCAAGGCCAGCAAGCACCUGGAUUAUGCACUGCAGGUAACAGAGACCAUCGCCUUCUUUCACUGCUGCCUCAUGCCUGUCCUCUACGCCUUCUCCGUCCGCUGCUUCGGCCAGUACCUGAAGGCUUCCCUGGCCGCUGUGUGUGGGUGGCACCAGGCACCUUGCCCUCCCCGGGCCCCACUGUCCAGCUGUUGUGAGAGUAGCAACCUCACCGGCCAAGAAGAAAUGACCAGCGUGAAUGACCUUGGGGAGAGGCAGGCGGAGGACUCUCCCAACAAGGAGGGUGUGGGGGAAAAGGAAACCCAAGUGGCCAUGCCACAGUCUGAUGAUGGCGGAUGGGACCCAGCUCAGCUGGGUAUCCACCCAAGUUCUCUCCAAGGGCCUCACUGACAAUGUUGCUAAACUCAGUGGUCAGUUUUCAGCUCUCGACCAUCACCAGCAUCCGCUCACUCCUUCCAGGACAUCACACUCCUCGGACUGCUGCGACAGUUGCCCAGCUGGCCUCUGUUUCCUAUCGUCAUGUCCUCCUACCGUCGAUUGCAGUGGUCCCCAACCUUUUUGGAACCAGGGACCAGUUUCCUUAAAUACCUCUUUGUACUUCUUAAUCCCCUCACCUCUUCAUUCAUUCCCCCACACCCGCCUCCCAUCGGGGAACCAUCAAAAUGCUCUCUGGGCCCUGGCUGGUACGGCUCAUUGGACUGAGUGCCAGCCUGCAAACCAAAUGGUCACCGGUUCGAUCCCAGCCAGGGCACAUGCCUGGG